AAAAUUGCUUGUAUUAUGUUGAUAUUUUUUUUGGUUAGUGGAAAGGUAGAAGGCCAGCCCAAUGGUGACACAAUCCCAGCUGAGCAAGCCAACCCUUCAGAUGACACUGUUGCUGGUGCUGGGAGUCGUCAGAAUGAUCAGAUAGUGCAGAAAAUAGAGGAAGUGCUCUCUGGAGCCCUUGAUACAGAGCUGCAGUGCAAAUCAGAUGUAGACAAAAAUACUGUGAAAAAUAGUACUCAGUCUACAAAAAGAAGCUCUACUGCUGAAGAUGAAAUUCCUAGAAAAAAGUCAAAGAAGAACAAGAAACACAAAAGCAAGAAGAAGAAGAAAAAGAAGAAGAAAAGGAAGAAAGAGAAGAAGCAUAAAAAGCAGCCAAAGGAGUCGAAGUUGAGUACACGUCAUGCAGAACAUGCAGACUUGCAGCCUGCUUCUCACUUGAUGCCAGAGAAAUCAAGCUCCAAACUGAGUGUACAGCAUGCAGGAUUUGGAGAUGCAAAUCUGGCUGUCCAGGUGCAGCCAGAAGAACUGUGCUUAAAAGCAAGUGAGGGGCUUGACAGACAAGCUUUAGGACUUGUUUCUCAUUCAAGAACUGAUUCUCAGCAAUCUGCAGAAAAUCUUGGAAGUGAGAAGGGGACUUUGUGUGCAACAAACCCUCCAUUUAAUUUAGAAGGCAGUCAAUCUGAUAUCCAAGGAAAUGCUAGUAUAACUCAAACUAAAAUUUGCACUAGAGAAGAACAAAUUCAGCAGUCUCAUGAAAAUAUUUAUCCUGUAGCUGUUAAUGUGAGUGAAAAGGGUGUUCUUGUUGAUACUGGAAAUGAUAGUUCAUCUAGCAUCCCGUCUGGAGUUGCCAAUAAAUCUGAAAUUCAGAAAGAUCCAGCAGCAACUCUAGCUUCAGGGGUAGUAGAAGCACUAAAAGGUUCAGAAGCUAUUCUGAAAUCUAAAGGCACUGGUGAAGUAAAAGUUUGGGGUACAGCUCUUGAGUCUGAGACCAUGGAGGUGUUGACAUACUCAGAAGCAUCUCUGCAAUCUCUGGCACAGGGGAGAGCAACAAGUUUAGGAGCAACUUCAGAAUCGGUGUCUUUGGCAACUGAUAUGACAACAAUUCCUAAAUCUGCAAAUCAGGCAGAUCUGAAUACUGUGAAGGUAGCUCAUGUGUCUGUGGCCAUGGAAGAAGUGAAAAUUCCAGAAGCAGCUGAAAAAUCUCUGCAUUUGGGAAAUGUGAAAAAUGUGGAAAGAUCUUUCGAAUUAGGGGGUGUGAGCAGAACUUUGGAGCCAGCCCUGAAGCCCUCAGUUAUAUCUGAUAGUUUGAGAGUGGCACAGUGCAGCCCCAUGGAGGGUUCAGGUGUCUUGAAGGCAGAUGUAUGUUUGCAACAUCCUUUUAAAAUAUCUGCAGUGACUGCUGCGACCCAGGUGGAAACAAGUGCCAAAAUACCCCUGGGACCAGGAGCUGUUACAGAAGUGAAGGAUAUUGAACCAGCUAGAAGCUCUGCACAUAUGGAAAAUGUGACAGCUUUGGAAGAAGCUCUACAGCCAGUUGCUGUAGUAAAGCCCAAAACAUUGGAAACAGUCAUGGAACCUGUAGGUGUUAGAGCAAAAGAUGUCAGAGCAGCUCAAGAAUGUCUGCCAGUUCAAGUAGUCAAAGAUGUGGAGAGUACCACUGAUGCUGCAGCAAUGCUGAAUGCAUCAGGAGUGUUCCUACAACCUAAAGUCUUGACAGAAACAAGAAGUGUGGCUAGAACCCAGGAAUCUGUGCUUCCAGCAGGAUUGACGUAUGUGAAUGUGGUUGCAGAUGCAAAAGGUUUAAAAGCAACUUCACAACCUGUAGCGGUUGUACAGACCUUCAUCCCCCAAACAACUCCAGAAAUCCAGAUAGCCGAGGGUUUUAAAGGUCCACAAGUGACUGUGGAAGUUGCAGCACUAACAGGAGUAAAAGGUCAAGAAACAAGUCAAGCUACUCUGCAACUGGAAAGAACUAGUGCUUCAAAAAUUUCAGAAUCUACUCUCAAGCCUGUAGUUGUAACAGAGGCAAAAGUUUCAGAAGCUACUUUGUUACUGAGACAGCCGGAGGAGCUGAGAGAAUCAAGAUCUGAGAGUGAAUCAAAGGCUGUGGUGGAAGCAAAAACUUUGAAAACAGCUUCACUGUCUUUGCAGAUGGAAGGUGUGAAAGCUUCAGAAGCUGUGCAUUGUGAAACUGUGGCCAGAGGUUUAGCAGCAACACUAGAUUCAGCAGUGUCAAAAGGUUCAGAAAUAAAUCUAGAUAGUAAGGCAAGAGUAGAAGCAGGCUCAGAUGCCAGUCUCCUAGCUAUGAAAGUCGGAUCUGUGAGACCAGUGAAAAGUUUGGAAACAACUAUAGGACCUGUGGCAGAGACAGAAGGGAAAGUUUCAGAAGAAGACUGGCACAGAGCUGGGACAGAGAUGAGGACAUCUUCAUCACACCUGCCUGUAGGAGAUCCAGCGUCUGUAGGUAUGGCAAAUAUACAAGCUUUGAAAACAGUCUUGCAGCCUGGAACCCUUGCGGUGGCAAGAGGGUUAGGAGAAAAUGUGUGUUCUGAAGCCAGAAUAGGUGGCAAAGUCUUGGAAGCAAGUCCAGGACUUCUUGCCUUAGAAGAAAGGUCAGAAAGAACUGAAUCAGUGGUUACAUGUGUAAGUGUGGAACCAGUUAGAGAGUCUGAGGCAUUAGUAGGAAUGACACAUCUGAAAACCACAGCAGAGAGAGAACAUGCAGAAACAGUUGCUGAACCUCUUGGUGCAAGCAAAGCAAAGACUUCUGUCAUUUCACAGUCUCAGGUCAUGACACAUACAAGAACCUCACAGACUGAGAUAGUAGGGGAGAUACCUGAACGAGCUACCAGUUCUGCCUCUGUAGAAGUGAGAGGCUUAGACAACUUGUCGGAAGUUCAGGCAGUUGCAGAUGUAAAAGAUGUGGAAGUGAGAUCAAAAACUUCACACUUAACACAGAUGAAAAAUUUGGAAAUGGUUGUGGGAUCUGAAACAAGGACACUCAUGCAAGGCCUGGGAAGGGUGUUGGCAUCUGAGGUGGUUAGAGAAAUGAGGCAUUCUGAAGUGGCUUCAGAAGAUCCAGACAAAGCAAAGGCAAGUAGCAAAGAAGCAAUAUUAGAACCUGUGCAAACAGUGACGGUGCCAACUUUAGAAACAAGUUCAAAAUCUGUACAGGAACAGAUAGUAAGUCAUUCAGAAGCAGUAUUAGAGUCUUUUCCCAGAGUGGAAGAAAAAGCUAUGGCAUCAGAAAUAGUGACAGAAGUGAGAAACUUGAAAGGAACUUCGGAAUCUAAGAUUUUGACAGAUGUGAGAACUCAGGGACCUACUGUAGAGUAUAUAAUUGCAACAAGGAGGACAAGCACCAAAAAAAAUGAGCCCUCGCUUAUCAGUGUAAAAGAUGUGGAAGAAGCUUCAGAAAUGGAGAAAGCAAUGAGAGCAAAAUAUUUGGAGCCAGGAUCAGAAGCUAGAGAAGUGAGGUUGGAAAGUAUGAAAGAGUCUGCAACAGUAGAGGUGAAAGGUUCUGAAACAGUUGAAGAGCCUGAGGUACACAUGGAUAUCCAAGGUUUGGAAACUUCCCAACAGUCUGAAAAUGGGGUGAUGAAGGUUGUAGAGGAUGCUUCAGAAGCUGUUCCAGAAUCUUUGCAUACUGAAAAGCAAGAACAUCUGCAAGCCAUUUUAGAAGCAAAACCUGGUGCAGAAUGGAAGAGUACAGAAGAGGCUCCAGAAAUCUUGAGUGCUGCUGAAAUAAAAUCUUCUGAAGCAGUUCCAAAACCAAGGGACAUGAAAGAUCUGGAAACAACACUGGAACAUGAAGUGACAGCAGAAGUACAAUAUGCAGAAGGGGUGCAGGGUCAAGCUCAGGAAUGUGAGAUACUGGUUGAGAAGAAAGACGCAGAGCAAACUCAAGCAUCUGAGCCUUUAAUAGCAGAAACAGUUUUUAGUUCUUCACAUGCAGCAGAUGAAAAAAGUUCAGCAGAAACUCCUGAAUCUGAAAUAAUCAGAGACACAAACCAGUUGGAAGCAGCUCCAGCUCAUGUGGCAGAAACAGCAGAUUUGGAAACAGCUUCUCUUCCUGAGACUGUUGUAGAGCUGAAAGAUGCAGAAGGAGCUGUGGGGUUGGAGGCAGAGACAAAAGAUUUAGAAGCAGCUCCAGUACCUGAGACUGUUACAGAAGCAGUUCCAGUACCUGUGGCAGAGGCAAGCCAGUUGGAAGUCAUUCCAGAGGCUGAGGCUGUCAAAGAAGCAACUCCAGAACAGGAGUCAGAGAAAAGAGAUUCAGAAACAUCUGAUGUGCAACCUGAUGUGGCAGCACGAAUGAGGGAGACUCUGAUGAGACUUGAAAAAGUUAUUGAAAAAAGUAGCCAUAGAAGCAGUGAUAAAAAACAUGAUGCAAAGAAACAAAAAAGGAGUCGCUCCAAGUCUCAGUCCAGGUCUAGGAAGCGGAAGAAAAAAUCAAGGUCACGUUCUACUUCCAGGCGCUUGACCUCUAAAAGAGCACGUUCUAGGAGCAGAAACUAUUCAAGUUCCAGAAAAAAACAUUCCAAAUCUAGAUCCCGAUCUGUGGAGAAGAGAGAGAGAAGAGUGUCUUCCCGGAGGUCCAGGCGCAGACGUUCCAGGUCGUCUGACCGUUACAGGUCUAAAUCCAGAUCAGCAGAAAAGAGAGGGAGUAGAUUGUCUUCUGGGAGGUCCAGACGUAGACGUUCCAGGUCAUCUGACCGUUACAGGUCUAAAUCCAGAUCAGUGGAAAAGCGACUGUCCUCUCGAAGGUCCAGACGUAGACGUUCCAGAUCUUCUGACCGCUACAGAUCCAAGUCCAGGUCAGUGGAAAAGCGACUGUCCUCUCGAAGGUCUGGGCGCAGACGUUCCAGGUCAUCUGACCGCUACAGAUCUAAGUCCAGGUCAGUGGAAAAGCGACUGUCCUCUCGAAGGUCUGGGCGCAGACGUUCCAGAUCUUCUGACCGCUACAGGUCUAAGUCCAGGUCAGUGGAAAAGCGACUGUCUUCCCGAAGGUCUGGGCGCAGACGUUCCAGAUCUUCUGACCGCUACAGGUCUAAAUCACGGUCAGUGGAAAAGAGAGGGAGCAGGUUGUCCUCCUGGAGAUCCCGCCGCAGACGUUCCAGGUCUUCUGACCGUUCUAAAUCUAGAUCCAGGUCUUCAGAAAAGAGAGGGGGCAAAGAAUACUCAUGGAGGUUCAGACAUAGAGGGUCUGGUUCCUCUGAUCGUUCAAAAUCUAGGUCAAGAUCUGUUGAGAAGAGAGGUCGGAAGGCAUCUGUCCGGAGGUCUAAACGUCAGCGCUCAAAGUCCUCUGACCGUUACAAGUCUAGAUCCAGAUCAGUAGAAAAAAGGGAUCGAAAGCAAUCAUCGCGGAAGUCUAAACGUCAGCGCUCAAAGUCCUCUGACCGUUACAAGUCCAGAUCCAAGUCAGUGGAAAAAAAGAAGGAGUCCUCACGAAAAUCUAAGCGUCGCCGCUCAAAAUCUUCUGAACGUUAUAAGUCUAGGUCUAGGUCUGUUGAAAAAAAGCGCAAGGAAUCUUCAAAAAAGUCCAAACGUAAACGUUCCAAGUCCUCUGAUAGUGUUAAGUCUAGGUCCAAAUCUAUAGAAAAAAGAGAGAGUAAGUUAUCCUCAGGAAAAUGCAGUAGCAAGCAUGUGGAGUCUUCUGAACCUCAGGAGUCAACCAGAUGCCUUGAAAAAGUAGUUCCUGAACCUUCUUUUGCAAGUGAAGGCAGCUCCUCCAAAUCCUCUAAUGGUCCCAUGUCAGAAGGAGUAAACGGCCCAGAGCUGCCACCAGUAUCUGAAAGUGAAUUAGCCAAAACUCAUGAUAAUCUUGAGAAAAGCUCUCCUGUUGAAAAAACAGCAGGUCUGCAACCUUCUGUGGUGUCUGAAUUUGAUAGCUUCAAAACCCCAGAUGACCAGGAAUUGAGAUCCAUGCCUACGGAGAAAACACAAGUUUCAGAACCUUCUGUGACAUCUGAAAAUGGAUCAGCCGAAAAAGCAGUGACUCUGGAGUCUUCAUCGAUACCUGAACUCACAUAUCCCACAUCGAGGUCAAGUUCCUCAUCUGUUGAAAAAGGUGGAGAUGCAGAAAGUUCUUCAGCAACAGAAUUUCAGCGCUCUGCAUCUCAUGAAGAAGAGUCAAGAUCUACCUCUCUCAAAGAAAUAGAGGGUCCAGAGCCUCUUCUGCCAUUUCAAACUGGAUGCUCUGUAUCUUCUGAUGAUUACAAGACAAUCUCCUCGUCCUCUGGAAAAACAGAGGUUCAGGGGUCUUCUCUGAUAACUGAAAGUGCACUCUCUGACUUGUCUGAUGGUCAUGAAUUGAGACAUAUCCCUGUUGCAAGACCCUGUGAAGGUUUGUUUUUUGAAGUACCUGAAAGUGAACCUUCCAAGCUGGCUGACAGCUCUCAGUCAAGGUCACUAUCUUCUGAAACAGUAGAGGCUCAAAAAUCUUUACCAGCACCUCCGGUUACAUGCUCUGCAUUCCCUGAUGUCUGUGAGUCAGCCUCCUUGCCUAUUGAAAAGGACCAGAUGCAGCCUUCUCUGGCUUUUGACCGUGGAUGCUUCAAGUCUCCUGAUGGACAUGAAUCAGGAUCCAGCUUUGCUGCACAAACAGAGGAGCUUCCGUUGCUAUCUGAAGAUGGGUCCUUCAAGUCACCUGGUGGAAAUGAACAGAGAUCUUUAUCUGUUGAAAAAAUCAAGGCUCCAGAUGCCUCCCUGACAUCUGAGUGUGGUCCUGUUGAAAUCUCAGGUGACCUCAUUUCAGCAUCAUCUUUUGAAAAAAUGCAGGAAGUUGUAGUGACAACUGUAGGACAUGGCUGCAAGUCUUCUGAAGUUCAUGAGUGCAGAUCAUCUGUUGACAAAGAUUUAGAUGGCCCGACACUUUCACAAGUACUUGAAAUUGACUGCUCUGACUCUUCUCAAAUGCAUGAAUCAAGAUACCUGCCUGCUGGAAGAACAGAAGGUACAGAAUCUUUCCUAAUGUCUGUAAGUGGAAUUCCUGUGUGCCAUGAUGGCCAUAAAUCAAAAUACAGUUACUUUGAGAAAAUGGAAGGUGCAGAACUCUCAUUGGCAUCUGAGCUUAGGUGUUCCGUCUUCCCUGAAGGCUAUGAAUUGACAUCCACUGCAGUUGAAAAAGUGGAGAUACGGAAGCCUCCUCUCCCAUUGGAAAGUGGGCUCUCCAAGUCUGCUGAUAGUCAUGAAUCAGUAAGCACGUCUACUGAAAAAUUACAGGCCCCAGUGACUUCUCUGACAUCUAAAGGUGGGGUUUUCCUGUUGUCUGAUAGUCAUGAAUUGAGACCUAUCUCUGCUGAAAAAGUAGAGGUGCGAACAUCAUCUGAACUCCAAUGCAUUGCAUCCCCUGAUGGCCACAAGUUGAGACCUGUCUGUGAUGAAGAAAUACAGGUGCAGGAGCCACCUCUGGUACUGGAAGACGGAUGUUCUAUUUCCUCUGGUGGUCAUGAGUUGACAUCCACUGCUUUUGAAAAAGUCGAGGUAGACGAGCCUUCUCAAAUGUCUGAAAAUGAAUACACAAUAAGGCUUGAUGGCCCAGAGUUGACAUCAACCCCUGCUGAAAAAACAGAGACACGGGAACUUUAUCGGAUGUCUGAAGAAAGGUGCUCAGUGUCCAUUGAGAGCCAGGAGUUGCAGUCACCCCCAGUUGAAAAUGUAGAAGUGCAAGUGCCUGCUCUGACAUCUGAAAAUGAAUAUGCUGUAUCUUGGGAGGGCCAGGAGUUUAGAUCUAGCUCUCCUGAAAAGGUAGAGAUGCAGGAGGCUUCUGUAGUACCCGAAAAUGAGUAUGCUGUGUCUUCUGAAGAUCACGAAUCGUCGUCUUUCCUUGCUGAAAAAACAGAGGUACAGGGGUGUUCUCUGCUGUCUGAAAAUGAAUAUGCUGUAUCUCCUGAGGGCCAGGAGGUGACAGCCAGCCCUGCUGAAAAAGAGGUGCAGGAGCCUUCUGUGACACCUGACAGUGAAUAUACUAUCUUCCCUGAAGGCCAAGGUUUACAGUCUACCCUUGCUGAAAAAACAGUGGUGCAGGAGCCUUCGCUAAUAUCAGACAGUCAAUAUGCUUCAUCCCCUGAAAGGCAGGAGUUUCUCUCUGCUCUUACUGAAAAAAGAGAGGUGCAGGAGUGUUCCUUGCUCUCUGAAAAUGAGUAUGAUGUAUCCCCUGAAGGUCAUGAUUUGAGGUCCAGUCCUGUUGAAAAAGAAAUGGAGGAACCUUCUGAAACAUCUGAAAGUGAAAGUUCAAUGUCCACUGAUAGCCAAGAGUUGCAGUCUACAGUUGCUGGAAAAACAGAGGUGCAGGAGUUGUCUUUGUCUGAAGGUGAAUGUGCUAUGUCCCCUGAAGGUCAGGAGCUGCAGUCUAGCCCUGCUGAAAAAGUAGAGGCUAAGGAACCUUCUCUGACAUCUGAAAAUGAACAUGAUCUGUCCCCUGAAGAGUAUGAAUCAAGACUGACACAUGCUGAGAAAACAGAGAAUAUGGAUUCUUCUUUUACAUCUGAAAAUGACCAUGUUUUGUCCUUUGAGAGCCAGGAGGUAAGAUUCACCUCUGUUCAAAAAGCAGAUGCAAGGGAGCUUUCUCCAACACCUGAAAAUGAAUGUGCAGCAUCCCCUGAUGUCCAGGAGUCAAGAUUCUAUACUGAUGGAAAAGUAGACCAUCUUGAACCUUUGACACUAAAUGAUCGAGCCUCAAUGUCCCCUGAUGACAGUGACUUGAAAUCCAUCCCCAUUGAAAAAAUGGAUGAUGCAAUGCCUUCUUUAAUGCCUGAAAGUGGGUGCUCCAUGUCCCCUGAUGGCUACAGUGUGAAAUCUGGCCCUGGUGAAGAAGCAGGCGACCUAGAGCCCUCUUUGAUAUCUGAACGUAGACAUUCCAUAUCCUCAUAUCAGGAAAGUCAUGACCUGAAAUCUCCCAUGGAGGAAGAGGGUCUAGAGUCCUCUUUGACUUCUGAACAUAGACGAUCUGUGUCCCCUGAGGACCAUGACCGGAAAUCUACCAUAGAUGAAGAAAUGGAUGAUCUGGAGCCCUCUUUGACAUCUGAACAUAGGCGCUCCACGUCCCCUGAUGAGCAUGAGUCAAGAUCUAGCAUUGGUGAAGAAGCAGAGUAUUUGGAGCAGCCUUUGACAACAGAACGUAGAUGCUCCGUGUCUUCUGAUGAGCAUGAGUCCAGGUCUACCACUGGGGAAGAGGUAGAGGAUGCAGAACCCUCCUUGACAGCUGAACGAAGAGACUCCACGUCCUCUGAUGAGCAUGAAUCGAGGUCUACCACUGGUGAAGAUAUAGAAGAUCGGGAGCCCUCUUUGACAGCUGAACGUAGACACUCCACAUCCUCUGAUGACCGUGAGUCAAGGUCUACAACUGGUGAAGAAGUAGAGGAUUUGGAACCUUCUUUAACAGCUGAACAUAGACGUUCCGUGUCUCCUGAUGGACGUGAGUCAAGGUCAACCACUGGUGAAGAAGCAGAGGACCAGGAGCUCUCUCUGACAGCUGAACGUAGACACUCCACCUCCUCAGAUGAACAUGAAUCAAGGUCUACCACUGGUGAAGAUGUGGAGGAUAUGGAACCCUCCUUGACAGCUGAACGAAGAGAUUCCACAUCAUCAGAUGAGCAUGAGUCAAGGUCUACCACUGGUGAAGAAGUAGAGGAUAUGGAACCCUCUUUGACAACUGAACACAGACGUUCCACAUCCCCUGAUGGGCGUGAAUCUCGGUCUACCACUGGUGAAGAAGGAGAUGAUGUGGAGCCCUCCUUGACAGCUGAACGAAGAGACUCCACAUCGUCAGAUGAUCAUGAGUCAAGGUCUACCACUGGUGAAGAAGGUGAGGAUGCGGAGCCCUCUUUGGCAGAUGAAGAUAAACAGGAUUCCAUGCCUCUUGAGAGGUUGGAGGAACAGGACUCUUCCUUUAUACCAGAAAGCAGGCGUUCUGAGUCUUCUGAACGUGAAAAAUCUAGAUCCAAAUCUGUUGAUAAAAUAUCUGACAAAGAGUCUUCACGAAGAUCUGUAAGCAGACGCUCAAAAUCUCCUCGCCAAAAGAGUCGAUCCACAUCAGUUGAAAAAGUGGCAGACAAAGAGUCUUCACGGAGAUCUAGACGUAGACGCUCCAGGUCUACUCUUCACCAGAAGAGUAGAUCCACAUCUAUUGAAAAAACAGCAGACAAAGAAUCUUCACGGAGGUCUAGACGUAGACGCUCCAGGUCCACUGCUCGCCAAAGGAGUCGAUCAACAUCUGUGGAAAAAGCAACAGACAAAGAGUCUUCACGGAGGUCUAGACGUAGACGCUCCAGGUCCACUGCUCACCAAAGGAGUCGAUCCAAAUCUGUUGAGAAAACAGCAGACAAAGAAUCUUCACGGAGGUCUAGAAGCAGACGCUCCAGGUCUUCUCAGCGCAGAUCCCAGAGGUAUGAUACAGAAUCCCGCUCUAGACGAAAUCGCUCCAGAUCAGUAACUCGGAGGAGAGCAUCAAGAUCAAAAUCUAAUCGUCGGUCUCGGUCUAGCUCAUUGUCACGUUCAAGGCACAGGAGGAGGAGUAGGUCUAGGUCAGCAUCCAGAAGGCGGCGUUCUUUAUCAAGAGACAGGCGUAAGAGAUCUCAGAGAAAUAGAUCAAGAUCGACUGACAGAAGAAGAAGAAGAUCAGAUUCAAGAGAUCGUAGAAUAUCACUCAGAUUACGGAGCAGAAGUCGAACACCUAUUCGUCAAAGGCGAUCGAGGUCAAGAGGAAGAAGACGGAGCUCUAGUAGGUCUCCAAUUCGGCUACGGCGGUCAAGAUCUUCAGGGAGAAGAAGAUACAGCAGAUCACCUGAUCGUCGUAGGUCGAGGUCAUCAGAACGAUUUUCAAGCAGGUCACCUAAACGUCUUACAGAUUUGGACAAGGCCCAGCUACUUGAAAUAGCCAAAGCUAAUGCUGCUGCCAUGUGUGCUAAGUCUGGAGUUCCCUUACCACCCAGCUUGAUGCCUUUGUUAUCUCAAAAGAAAGACGACAAAGCCAAUCAGAAGUCAUCAAGAGAUACACUGAAGGAGCUCACUGAGAAAUGCAAGAAGAUUGCUCAAAGUACAGAUGAUGUGAUAGUGAACAAACCUCAUGUUUCUGAUGAAGAGGAAGAAGAACGUCCUUUCUAUAAUCAUCCUUUCAAGCUCAGUGAACCCAAACCUAUUUUCUUCAAUUUAAGUACUCCAAGCAUAAAACCAGCACCACCACCACAACCAAAAAAUCAGGUCAGCCUGUCAAAGGAAUUUCCUGUUUCAUCUGGGUCUCAACAUAGGAAAAAAGAAGCAGAUAGUGUCUAUGGAGAAUGGGUUCCAGUUGAAAAAGGCAAAGAAGAAAGCAAGGAUGAUGUUUUCCCCAAACCAUCCAUUGAGGGUGUGGACAUAACUACAGCUAUGAAUGAUCGAGCAGUGGCUCAGAAAAGGCUUAAUGAAAACACGUUUGAUUUAGAGGCCAUGUGCAUGUUAAAUCGUGCACAGGAACAGAUUGACGCCUGGGCUCAAUCAAACUCCAUACCUGGCCAGUUCACAGGAAGUACUGGAGCACAGAUACUGUCCUCAGAUGAGCUGACCAACAGUGGUCCCCAAGCAUGGAUUAGAAAGGAUCAGUUCUUAAGAGCAGCCCCUGUAACUGGAGGAAUGGGAGCUCAACUGAUGAGAAAAAUGGGCUGGAGAGAAGGAGAAGGGCUUGGAAAAAACAAAGAAGGCAGUGUUGAGCCUAUUAUGGUCGAUUUUAAGACAGAUCGGAAAGGGCUUGUUGCUGUGGGAGAGAAGGCACAAAAGAGAUCUGGACAUUACGUUGUGAUGAAGGAUCUUUCAGGUAAACAUCCAGUUUCUGCAUUGAUGGAGAUCUGUAACAAAAGAAGAUGGUCACCACCUGAAUUUGUGUUGGUGGAUGAUAGUGGGCCUGAUCAUCGCAAGCAUUUUAUUUUUAAGGUGAGAGUCAAUGGAAAUGAAUAUAGGCCUACUUUUGCCAGCCUUAAUAAGAAGCAUGCUAAAGCCACAGCAGCAACUGCGGCUCUCCAAGCGAUGGGACUUGUACCAAAGGAAAGCAUGGUUAAUACCACCAUGUUUAGGAGUGCCUCACACCGCUAGAUAUUGUUUUUUAUAUUGACAUUAUUUCAGAUAAUUUUACUCUGCACAAAAAUGGUAUUUGCCCUUUCAUGUUGUAAAUACAUUGGCAAUUCCCACGUUGUAAAAACUGUACAGACACCUUCAGGUUUUUCUUUUGUACCAUCAAAAUGUAUUUAAAUCAUACUUAGUUUUUGGUAUGUUUAUAUUGUUUACAUUAGUGAUGUAAUUAUUUCUUAAAUGACUAAAUCAGAUGACAGACUCUGGAGGCAUCAGUAAUCUAAACCCUUGUUUUAAAACUCAUGCAAUUUCUCUUCAAUACGGAAUGUUAACACUUUCAUACUGUUUUGUACUAUGCUGCAGUUUUCCCUGGUCUCGGUAAAGCUACUCCUGCGCUUUUGCCGACAGCUGGUAAAAAGUCGCACAGCUUACCUUAGUCUCGUCGAGGCUGGCGUGUACUGCUGGACAGAUACUGGGCCAGUACUGUGACCCCUGCGAGAAGGCAGGCGGUGGUAGCCCUGUUGUACAGCGUUAGCACCGUGGCUUCUCCUUGGCUUUUGGUCGGGGGUUUAACUCAGUGGUACACUGCGACUGGCCGUACAGCCCGUACUCUAGGACAGAUGUGAUUAGGCAAAAGACUUGGCUUUCAGAAGGGUGGCAGAAAGUCCAGCAAUGGAACCGAUGAGACUUGCAAUGUAAAGGUGACUCUCCCUGCAUGUUCUGAGAAGGGAGAUGACGGAGUUGUCUAUUCCAAACAAAUUAACACGCUGCCUGAUGUUGAUUGUAUGAAUUUGUGGUUAAUGUGAAUUUUAAACUCUUGAAACAAAUCUACAACUGGAUUUGGGGGGGGAGGGAGGGGAUAGAAUGAUGCUUAAAAUUGAUGUACCCAACUUGGUCAAUAAAGCAGCACAAGUUCAUAAUCUUAAUCACUGGUCAGUAAACAGUAAUUAAAAUGUAUGCCAAAACAACUUUUUUGAAGAAACGCACAGUAUAAAAGUACGCUUUAUGAAGAUUUUCAACAGCUGUUAGGGUUGCAGAAUCAGUUCUAGUCAUUUUUGGUUGCUUUGGACUAUUACCAAAUUAACUCCUGGGGCUUAAAUUUUCUGUAAUGGUACUCUGCCCUCAAGGAGACAGCCUGAUCCAGAGUUUUGGCAGUUUGACAGUGGAGAGGAUGUAGAAAGCUUUUCCUGUGGGUUGGUUUGUUUUUUGGUUUUUUUUUUCCCCUUCCUCUUUUUUUUUUUUUUUUUUUUAAAUUUAAGUAUUAGUCCUUUAGCUAUGUGCACUUUGAAUUGAAAAGGGCAUUGUAUACCUCUUGCCAGAUUUGUCUGAGUUCCGAGCAGACCGCCAAGAUUCAUGGACUUUAGUAGUUCAGGUGCUUAUUUCAGAAAAGUCUUUUUGAGGUCAGUCUUUUUAUUACAUCUACUGACCAGAGCUUGCUUUGGGACAGGAACAAAGUAUCGUUUGUGUGCACUAAGGCUGUGCUCAGGCCUAAAGUGAAUGACCUUUGCAAGAGUAGUAGGAACGUGGGGGUGAAGAAUUACUAGUACCUCUUCUUUCACAAAGUAAGGUAACUUGUGUCUAUCUGUCAACUGUUAACAGAACAAGGUGUCUGUCUUUGCCCUUAAGGGACAAGGAUCAAUGUCUCAUGUUUCGUACAACAGAGAAAUGGUAUUUGGUUCUCCACCACACACUUUUGAGAAAUAAAGCCCCUUACUAGUCUGUCAAAGCGCUCUAGAAAUGUCUAGUUAAUCUUAAUUUUCAUGGACGUAGUUGUCUCUAAUUAAACUUUUUUCCCUUCGGCUUCUCACCUUCAGUCUCUGACUAAAUGUUUGAAGAUGAUCUUACCUCAUUUGCUGAAUGAGUUGGAAGGUGUGUAUAAAAAGCCAAAAGUAAAUACAGUAGUACAGCAAUGGAAAGAUCUGCAGUGGGAGAACGGGGUGUAUCUGUCUUAACUGGAGUUUGGCUUUUUGAUGUAUGACUUGAAGUAAUUCGGGAUGUGGGAGCAGCUCCUAAUCAGACUUCUGUUUAAAUGUCUGGCUUGAUAGAUCUAAAACAUCAGAGAUGUAGAUCAUUCUGUUUCAUCUGUGGUGUCCGUGUCAGCAUUGGUUUCACAGCUGUAUAGUGUCAAAUCUGGGAAUGUACAAUCUCUUGUUAUUUGUUCUUUUUUGGGGUCUAUAUUCCCCAUGUGUAAUGCAAAGAUACACGUUAUCUCACAGCAGCAAAGAGCAGGUGAAAUAAGUCCCAUUGACAGCACCAUUUUAAAAGUAACUAUUUAUGCAAGUUCUGGAUUUCCUGCCUUACAGAUGUGGUACUGUAUGUGGGUUUAACCUCUGGUCUUAAGACUUA